UUACGCACAUACGACUCUCUCCACAAUUACUAACUUUACUUACACAAUUCUCUCACCGCAUUAACUUCCUCCACCACCAUCGCCGCCGUCGCUACAACAUGACGGCCAAGGACUGCGGCCACCAUGAGGAUGACCGGAGAAAGCUCUACCGCCGCCUCUUCGCGGCCUUCCUCGGCUUCGUCGUCGCCGUCCUCUUCAUAAUCCUCCUCGUCUGGCUCAUCCUCCGCCCCACCAAGCCCCAUUUCGUCCUCCAGGACGUCACCGUCUACGCCUUCAACGUCACCCCGCCCAACUUCCUCACCUCCAACUUCCAAAUGACCCUCUCCGCCCGCAACCCCAACGACAGAAUCGGCAUUUACUACGACAAGCUGGACGUCUACGCCUCCUACCACAGCCAGCAAAUCACGCUCGCCACGCAGCUCCCCACAUCCUAUCAGGGCCACAAGGACAUCACCGUCUGGUCUCCCUUUCUGUACGGAAACACCGUCCCGGUGGCGCCGUACCUAGCCGUGUCCCUGAACCAGGAUCAGAUGGCGGGAACGGUGCUGGUUUACAUCAGAGUGGACGGCAGAAUCAGGUGGAAAGUGGGGACGUUCAUCUCCGGGAAGUAUCAUCUGUACGUGAACUGUCCGGCGUACAUAAAUUUCGGAGACAGAAGUAACGCCGUCGUGGUUGGGUCUGCUAUCAAAUAUCAACUGAUUAUGGACUGCCAUGUUGAUGUUUGAGCUUUAUCACCAGGCCGUUCAUGGUUGGUUUAUUAUAAUUAUUAUUAUUU